AUGUUAGAGCUAGCUGGCACUUUCUCUGAGGGAGUGGUAGCAACAAAAGAGCCAGAGGUGUUCUCUUCAGUUUUAGACUCCAUGUAAGUAAACUUUACAGUGCAAUGAAUUAAAAACUACCACAAGGUGAAAAACAGAUGAAAGGGUAAAUUUAAAGAAUGAAAAUAAUACACCAUUAGUUUCCUCUAUUUACCUUAUAUUAUAUUAUUUACGGAUAAUUUUUAAUUUUUAUCUGUUCACUAUUGCAGCCCUCCAAAUCCAAUCAGCAGUGAGCCCACGCCUACUGCACCUUCAGCAACACGUCCAAAGGAGGAAGAAGACAGCAUAACGGCAGCUUUAAACCAAGCAGCAGAAGAGGAAACCAAACUGAAGGAAGAAGAAAUGCCUUCAUUUGAUGAAUUUAAAAGAAGAGUUUUACAGGAGGAAGAAGAGAAAAGUAAACAGCAGAGUGCUGAGAACUCAAGUGGAGCUGCGCCCAAACCCAAGAAAUUAAAGGAACGAAAACAAAGCAAUUAUGCUUCUGUAGACUGUGAUGCAAAGAUCUUAGAUCACAAUAGUGAAGCAUCUAAUGUUGACAGUAUUUUGGUCGAAAAUAGAGACUUGUAUAUGUUAAAUCCGUGCAGCGCACAAGUGUGGUUUAUUGUGGAGUUAUGUGACCUGGUUCAAGUCAAAAGCAUACAAAUUGCAAACUUUGAGCUAUUCUCUUCUACUCCUGAAAGCUUUCGGUUAUAUGUCAGUAAAAGAUAUCCCACGAGAGAGGGGACUAUGUUAGGGACAUUUCAAGCUCGCGAGGAAAGGACAAUACAAACUUUUCCACUAGAUGAACCAAUCUAUGCCAAGUACUUUAAGAUAUGA